AUGUCUGUCAAUACUAAUAAUAAGGAGACAAUCGAUAGGAUUAGGAAACGAUUCAUUGAAACAGUAAAAUCUGAUAACAAUAGCGGCGGCGACUAUCACUCGUCGGACUUGAAACGGGUAUUGACUGACGAUUGGACAGUCGAGCGGUAUUUGUUGACCACACAGACGGAAGACGAGGCCAUCGACGGACUCAUACGGUCGAUGCGUUGGCGCAAGUCGUACGGUAUCAACGAUUUUAAUGACCAACAAUUUCCGCGGGAAUUCUGGUUAAUCGGUUCGUUGGUUCGCUAUUGUAAUGAUCUGAAUGGACGGCCAGUUGUCUACAAUCGGAAAUCCAGAUAUUAUAAGUGCAGCGAUUGGCUGAAUCGGUUCGUGGAGUUUACUGUCUGGCAGUUUGAGUGCGCCGAUCGUCAGGCAGGUCGUGGUGGUUGGGGUCUGAUAUUGGAUAGCACUGGUGCCGGUAUGUCCAAUGUGGACAUGGAGUUGACCCGUUAUUUAAUCGAAGUCAUCAACCAAUACUAUCCCCGCGGACCCCGUUAUAUACUGGCCAUAGACUUGCCGUGGCAUCUGAAAGCUACCGUCCGGCUAAUGAUAGGGUUUAUGAGCGACCAAUUGCGCCAAAUAUAUCGGUCGAUUAGGUCGACCCAAUUGACCGAAUAUUUGGCCCCGGAAUGGAUACCGAUUCAAUUGGGCGGUACAUACAAGUGGCCACUGGUAGGACAAUCGGUAGUGCCCGACGGUGUACUAUCGAUGACCAAUGGUGGCGGUGGCCAGUUUACCGAUGACCAGAUUAAAAAGUUUUAUACGAUCUAUAAAUCGGAAUUGAGCAAUGUCAUUUUAUAA